AUGAAGAAUACAAACGGGCUCAUUUUCUUUGCUCUGCUUUCCUUUUAUAUUAACGGUGAUGACACAGCUGACGCUGAAGAGAGGUUAAUGAACCACCUCCUGAACAUUUCACGGUAUAAUAACUUAAUUCGCCCAGCCUUCAACUCCUCACAGCUGGUAGUUAUAGAACUGCAGGUGCUCCUGACCCAGCUCAUCAAUGUGAAUGAGCGCGAACAGAUCAUGACCACCAACAUCUGGCUCAAUCAGGAAUGGACUGAUUACCGUUUAGCUUGGGAACCUUCGGAGUACGACAGCAUAAAAAAACUGAGGAUACCAGCUAAGAAAGUAUGGCUCCCGGACAUUGUGCUGUACAAUAAUGCCGACGGCACGUACGAAGUCUCCGUGUAUACAAAUGUGAUUGUGCAGAACAACGGGCACAUUUUAUGGCUGCCUCCGGCUAUCUACAAGAGCGCCUGCAAGAUCGAAGUGAAACAUUUCCCCUUCGACCAACAGAACUGCACCUUAAAGUUCCGCUCGUGGACGUACGACCACUCCGAAAUCGACAUGAUUCUGAAAAACGACUCGGCCGGCAUGGAUGACUUUACGCCCAGUGGUGAAUGGGACAUUGUGGCUCUCCCUGGGCGGCGGACUGAGAACCCCUUAGACCCGAACUACGUGGACGUGACGUAUGACUUCAUCAUUAAGAGGAAGCCCCUCUUCUACACCAUCAACCUCAUCAUCCCUUGUGUGCUCAUCACAUCCUUGGCCAUCCUGGUGUUCUACCUGCCGUCAGACUGUGGGGAAAAGAUGACGUUGUGCAUUUCCGUCCUGCUCGCUUUGACGGUGUUCUUGCUGCUGAUCUCGAAAAUUGUCCCCCCGACAUCCCUUGACGUCCCACUGAUUGGAAAGUACCUCAUGUUCACCAUGAUCCUGGUGACCUUCUCAAUUGUCACCAGUGUCUGUGUGCUGAACGUCCACCACAGAUCUCCCAGCACUCACGCCAUGCCGCCCUGGGUGAAAGUGGUCUUCCUCCAGAGACUGCCCCGUUUCCUGUUCAUGAGGCGCCCUGAGAACAUCUCAGCCAGGCAAAGGCUGCACAACCAAAAGAGGAGUAAGACCGGGAUGGUUUGCCCCGAUUCGUCCAGCCUCUACAAGGGCUCCACCUACUUCGUGAACACAGCCUCAGCCAAAAAGUAUGACCUGAACCUGGCAGAUAACCCUGAACACGGUGGCAGCCAUCAAGACGUCCGGCUGCGGUCGUCAACAAAGUUUUCCCCUGAAGUCCAAGAAGCUAUUGACGGUGUCACUUUCAUAGCGGAGCACAUGAAAAGCGAGGACAGCAGUGAGAGCGUCGUUGAGGACUGGAAAUACGUUGCCAUGGUAGUGGACAGGCUGUUUCUCUGGAUAUUUGUCUUCGUUUGCAUUCUGGGCACUGUUGGGUUAUUCAUACAGCCACUUUUUCAAAACCACUCGCCUGUUGUGAGCCCUUAA